CAAUGCGCCUUGUUGCCGGACGAAGCUAAGUCCUAUACACCGCCCGCUGCUCUCCUGAUCAUGGCUUCUCCGAGUUCCUUCACCUACUAUUGCCCUCCAUCUUCCUCCCCUGUCUGGUCAGAGCAGCUGUACAGUCUGAGGCCCGAGCACGCGCGGGAGCGGUUGCAGGACGACUCGGUAGAAACAGUCACGUCCAUAGAACAGGCAAAAGUAGAAGAAAAGAUCCAAGAGGUCUUCAGUUCUUAUAACUUCAACCACCUUGUACCAAGGCUUGUUUUGCAGAGGGAAAAGCACUACCAUUAUCUGAAGAGAGGCCUUCGACAACUGACAGAUGCCUAUGAGUGUCUGGACGCCAGCCGCCCAUGGCUCUGCUAUUGGAUCCUGCACAGCUUGGAACUGCUAGAUGAACCCAUCCCCCAGACGGUGGCCACAGAUGUGUGUCAGUUCCUGGAACUGUGUCAAAGCCCAGAAGGUGGUUUUGGAGGGGGCCCUGGUCAGUACCCACAUCUUGCACCCACGUAUGCAGCAGUCAAUGCGCUGUGCAUCAUUGGCACCGAGGAGGCCUAUGACAUCAUCAACAGGGAGAAGCUUCUUCAGUAUUUGUACUCGCUGAAGCAGCCUGAUGGCUCUUUUCUCAUGCACGUUGGAGGUGAGGUGGACGUUAGAAGUGCAUACUGUGCCACCUCAGUAGCCUCUCUGACCAACAUCAUCACUCCAGACCUCUUUGCGGGCACUGCUGAAUGGAUAGCAAGGUGUCAGAACUGGGAAGGUGGCAUUGGCGGGGUGCCAGGGAUGGAAGCCCACGGUGGCUAUACUUUUUGUGGCCUGGCUGCGCUGGUCAUCCUCAAGAAGGAACGUUCCUUGAACUUGAAGAGCUUAUUACAAUGGGUGACAAGCCGGCAGAUGCGGUUUGAAGGUGGAUUUCAGGGCCGCUGCAACAAGCUGGUGGACGGCUGCUACUCCUUCUGGCAGGCGGGGCUCCUCCCCCUGCUCCACCGCGCACUGCAUGCGCAAGGUGACCCUGCCCUCAGCAUGAGCCACUGGAUGUUUCAUCAGCAGGCCCUGCAGGAGUAUAUUCUGAUGUGCUGCCAGUGCCCUGCUGGAGGGCUGCUGGAUAAACCUGGCAAGUCGCGUGACUUCUACCACACCUGCUACUGCCUGAGUGGUCUGUCCAUAGCCCAGCACUUCGGCAGUGGAACCAUGUUGCACAAUGUGGUCCUGGGUGUGCCUGAAAAUGCUCUGCAGCCCACUCACCCUGUGUACAACAUUGGACCAGACAAGGUGAUCCAAGCCACCACAUACUUUCUGCAGAAGCCAGUCCCAGGCUUCAAGGAGCAGGAGGAUGAGGCAACAGCAGAGCCUGCAACCAACUAAAGGACCCAGGGUCUCCGCGGUUCUGUGCUCACCACCUCCCCAAUCAGACAAAGUUUAUACGUUUCAGUACACAGUGCAUUCUGUGCUACACAAGCCUUAGCCACUAUGGAGCCGUGGUUCUCUUUGUCCUUUCUUGUCAAACAAAACCAAACCAGUGGCUCUGGGUUUGGAGAACACAGUGGCAAGGUUUUUUUAAAAAUUCUUUCCACACCCGUCAAACCAAAAAUCUACCAGCCCGUGUGGUGUGGCUGGGGAGCAGUGCAUGCUGGGAGGAAGCAGCCCCUCCCCGCCAGCUCUGCAGCCUGGACAGUUGUAUUGAAAUGAAUGGUGUCACUGCUGUGACUCCCACCUGCACACCACCAUUAAAUUGCCAGACAGGGUGCCCUCCCAUGGGUGAAAGUAAGUCUGCUGCAUGCCAAGGCAGAGCUUUGGAUCCCACCAAAAUGAGUUCUCUGGAAAAGACCAUGGUGGGGCUGCACUAGCAGGUGCCUCUGACUCUUGCCUCCCACCUUGGUCACUUGCAAGGGAAAGGAGCUGGAGUUGAGGGCAGAACAACCUCCUUGAGUUGAGAGUCCCUUCCCCUCAACAUCAGAGAACUGAGCCAUGCAUCUCUCCAACACCGUGCUUGGUGAACAGGCAAGACUUGUUUCAGCCCUAGGCCUGGUGACUUAGGCCCAGGAAACCAAUUAUGAGUGGAAAAUGAAUCUCUAGUUUAAUUCUGUGCCAGAGAAAGCAGCCCUUGGUGCCCUCUUCUCUCCACUCUCCAUCAUGUACCAUGAAAAACCCCUCUGAUGAGCUUAAGGCAGCAGCUGCAGCCCGUGGCCAUUCCACGUGUUUCCAUCUUCUUCUACCAGAAUCCCAGCCGACCUUCCUCUAAGACAGUGUUGUCUUUCCUCACUCAGAGUAUUAAUGCUACUAAGUCUUUCACCUUAAUUUAUGACUCAGGAUUUAUUCCCAUCCUACCAGUCUAGGCUCACAGAAAUAAAAUCAAGUGCUAGACAAGCUGGGAAACUGCUGGUGACAGAGGUGCUGCCCAGGGUGCUGGGCCCAGGCAGUGUCUCUGCUGCCUCCUACACUGAGCCCUUUCUUGGCCAGUGGGGUGUUGAGUUGAGUCAUCUGUCCACUGCUAUGGUCACAGCAAGCCAUGUCAUUGACGUGGCCUUCAUGUAAGCUGCCAUGGGCCGACAGGAGUUCAGAGAUGCAGCAUGGGGCUCUUCUCAAAAAACUGGCCAUUUGCUGCCUCUAAGUCUCUAUUGCUUUGGUGUAUUGGGCUAUGUAUUACCUCC